GUGGAAUUUUGCCCCCUUAUGCUGGUGAUCAGUGGAACUUUGCCCCCUUGUGCUGGUGGUCAGUGGAACUUUGCCCCCUUGUGCUGGUGGUCAGUAGAACUUUGCCCCCUUGUGCCAGUGGUCAGUGGAAUUUUGCCCCCUUAUGCCGGUGAUCAGUGGAACUUUGCCCCCUUGUUCUGGUGGUCAGUGGAACUUUGCCCCCUUGUGCCGGUGGUCAGUGGAAUUUUGCCCCCAUAUGCUGGUGGUCAGUGGAACUUUGCCCCCUUGUUCAGGUUUAAUUGCAGUACUGGCACUUUG